AAAACACAUAUUCCAGCUUUCUAAAUGAUUUAUUUUGCGUAUUAUAUGAAUUAUUCCAUCUAUAAAUAAAUUGUUCUCUAUACACACAAACACGUACACAGUUUGUUGAUUACACGAGUUAAUUGUAACAUUUUCCCCAAUAAGGUGCCAGGUCAGGAAAGAUGAGCAGCGAACCAACUUACAAACUCAUCUACUUUGAUGCCCGUGGUCGUGCCGAGCAUAUUCGCUACAUAUUUGCGUAUGCCGGCAUGAAAUAUAUCGACGAAAGGAUACCUGACGAACUCUGGCCCGAAUUGAAGGAUUCAAUGCCUUAUGGACAGCUGCCUGUGCUGGAGAUAGACGGGAAACAGGUAGCGCAAAGUCACGCUGUGGGGCGAUACUUGGCGAAGAAGUUCAAUCUAACAGGAAAGACCGACUACGAUGCGAUGCAGUGCGACAUGCACAUCGAUUCUCUUGAAGAUUUGAAGCAAUAUAUAAACAUCUAUCGCGUUGAGGAGGACCCCGAAAGGAAGCAAGCGAAGAAGAUGGAACUUUUGGAGCACACAAUACCAUAUUACAUGAAUAAAUUUGAUGAGCUUGUUACCAAAAAUGGUGGAAAUAUCGUUCCUGAUGUUACGACAUGGGCGGACUUCGUGUUUGUAACGGCCCUUGAAAGUUACGAGCUUAUAUUUGGGCCAUAUGCUCUGAAUAAGUAUCCAGGUCUUCGUGCGUUACAGAAAAAGAUUAAUAGUAUACCAGCUAUCGCAGAUUGGCUGGCUAGACGACCAUUCACAGAAUUCUGA